AAGGGGCGGGAGCGGCUCAUGGCGGGCUGAGGGCAGCGCCGGCCGGGGCGGCGGGAUUUAGAUGUCUCAAUGGAUACGUGGAGCUACUUCUGUACUUGCCUGGCAUCCAUAUGGCUGCACAGAUUUUACAUCUACUCUGCUGCUGCUUUGGGGAUCAGCCUUUGGAUUGUCAUUCAGUUCACCACCACCAAAACCAAAAAGAAGGGUGAAAAAUCCAGUGGGAAUCCCUCUUCCUCCAAAGGAACAGAAGACAAGCUGGUAAAUGGAUGUGUCACCCCUCAGGCAGAGGAGGUGUAUGUUGCUGGAGUAAAGAUCUUCUAUGGCUCUCAGACUGGCACAGCAAAGAGAUUUGCCAAAGCUCUGGCUGAAGCUGUUACUUCCCUUAAUUUGCCUGUGGAAGUCAUUAACAUGGGAGACUAUGACCCAGAUGAUUGUUUAGCAGAGGAGACAACCAGCAGGAACAUCUGUGUGUUCCUGGUGGCCACGUACACGGAUGGGCAGCCCACGGAGAGCGCGGCCUGGUUCUGCAAGUGGUUGGAAGAGGCAGCCAACGAUUUCCGUGUUGGGAAAACCCACCUGAAGGGGCUCAGAUACGCCGUGUUUGGCCUGGGGAACUCGGUGUAUGUGGAUCAUUACAACACAGUUGGCAGGAGGAUGGACAGGUGGCUGUGGAUGCUCAGUGCCAGCCGUGUGAUGACCCGCGCCGAGGGUGACUGCAACGUGGCGCGGAGCAGGCACGGCAGCAUCGAGGGCGACUUCGAGGCCUGGAAAGCCAAAUUCCUCACUCGGCUCCAGGCCCUCUGCAGAGGGGAGAAGAAGCCCUGCAGUGGGAAGUGCAAGAAAGGGAAGUGCAAAUCUCCAGGGAAGCAGAGCAAGGAGAGCUCGGAUCACGAACACGGGGCAUCGGAGCACGAGAAUACUGAGGCAGAGGAAUUGUUUGAAACCAGUAGUGAGGAGGAAGCUGAUGCUGAGGAAGCUGGAGGCACCAAUUCUAUCAUUGAUGUUGAAGAUCUUGGCAAUAUCAUGGGCCACAUGAAGAAAGCAAAGAGAGAACAUGAGCUCCAGGAAGGAGAUGUUGGAAGGAGAGAGAACCCUGGGAGGAAGGAGGAGGAGGAGGAGAAGAGGGAGAUGAUAACGCCGGCCCUGAGGGACGCGCUCACAAAACAAGGUUACAAACUCAUUGGGAGCCAUUCCGGGGUGAAGCUCUGCCGGUGGACAAAGUCGAUGCUCCGGGGCCGAGGGGGCUGCUACAAACACACCUUCUAUGGGAUCGAGAGCCACCGCUGCAUGGAGGCCACCCCCAGCCUGGCCUGUGCCAACAAGUGUGUCUUCUGCUGGAGACACCACACCAACCCCGUGGGCACAGAGUGGCGCUGGAAGAUGGACCAGCCAGAGCUGAUCCUGCAGGAGGCCAUUGAGAUCCAUCAGAACAUGAUCAAGCAGUUCAGAGGUGUGUCAGGGGUGAAGGCAGCUCGCUUUGAGGAGGCCCUGGCAGUGAAACACUGUGCUCUGUCCCUGGUGGGGGAGCCCAUCAUGUACCCCCAGAUCAACCGCUUCGUGAGGCUCCUGCACCAGCACAGCAUCUCCAGCUUCCUGGUGACCAAUGCACAGUUCCCAGAGGAGAUCAGGAGCCUGGAGCCAGUGACCCAGCUGUAUGUCAGUGUGGAUGCCAGCACCAGGGAGAGCCUGAGGAGAAUCGACAGACCCCUCUUCAAGGACUUCUGGCAGAGGUUUCUGGACAGUUUAAAGGCCUUGGCUGAAAAGGAACAGCGCACGGUUUACAGGCUGACCCUGGUGAAAGCUUGGAAUGUGGAUGAACUCAAAGCUUAUGCUGAGCUGAUAUCCCUUGGAAAACCAGACUUCAUCGAGGUCAAGGGUGUGACCUACUGUGGAGAAAGCUCUGCCAGCAGCCUCACCAUGGCCAACGUGCCCUGGCACGAGGAGGUGGUGGGGUUUGUGCAGGACCUGGCCGAGCUCCUGCCCGACUACGAGAUCGCCUGCGAGCACGAGCACUCCAACUGCCUGCUGCUGGCCCACACCAAGGCUGUGCUGCCCUGGAGUUGGAGACACAUGAUCCAAGAGGGAGCUGUGGUUGACCUUGGCCCUCAAGGGGCACCUGGGCAUCAAUCCCUGUUUACACUGUCCCCUCCAGGGCUUGUCCAGUUCUUUCAGGUUUCAAGGUGGAUGGCGAGUGGUUCACCUGGAUCGACUACGAGCGCUUCCAGGAGCUGGUGCGGGAGCGCGAGCGGAGCGGCGGCUCCAGGACCUUCACAGCGGCCGAUUACAUGGCCAGGACUCCUCCCUGGGCUCUCUUUGGGGCCAGGGAGCGGGGAUUUGACCCCCUGGAUGUCAGAUUCCAGCGGAGGAACAAGGCACGGGACAUCUCUGGCUGCUGAGUUUGGGGCUCCAUGUCCGGCUGACACGGAUUUCGGAUCUUCCCGUCGAUGUUAUCCCACGUUUGCUGUUGAGCAGGAGGGUCAAGCCUUGAGUACACCCUUCCCUCCUGGUUUUAGGGCUUCCUGGAUGAAAAUAUUUAUAACAUUCUCUCUCCCAAAUCAGAAAUGGUUCAUGGCAGUGGUUUCUCAGCAGCCUGGUGGGGAGGCGCCGGCCAUGGUCGUGUUUGGAGUUGGAUGUGGUUUGGAGUUGGAUAUGGAGCAGUUGGAUGUGGUUUGGAGUUGGAUAUGGAGCAGGAGCAUUCCUUGGAUUCCAGUGCCCUCUGUGAGGAGAGCCUGGCACAUCUGGCCCCCAGCUUGGCAGCAAAACCUUCCACAUCCACGAGGAAAAGUGCCACAGGGAUUUCAACCCCACGAGCUUGUUGGAUCAGGGCAGGUGGGACCUGGAUCAAAGAACCUGAUCCCUGCUGGGAAUAUCAUUGUAUGGACUUAGUUCAGGUUUAUGUAUUUAAUUCCUGUAAAAACCUCAUCCCAUCCAAGAAACUUGGGAAUAGUGUGAGUAACAGCCCCCCUAUUGAUACCAGCUGUGACUUCUGAUACCUCUCCAAGUAUCUUCCAACUUCCUGGGUUUGGGAAUGGAUGUUUCUGAGCAGUGUUAUCCCACUCCCAGCAGCCCUGAACAACAUGUACAAUCCCUCAAAGCCCUGGCUGUGUGUGCCCAGUGCCCAUGGGAGCUGGACAUCAGGGAUGGAGCUCCCCCUGCUCCCCUGGGAAGCUCCACAGCCUCACUGCUGCUCUGGAUGGGGAGAACGGGGUGGAGAAGGAAACUGGACCCAAUCUCUGGGGCUCUCUGGGGUCAAGAAACCAACUCCUCUCCUUUGGAGAGGUGACAUCCAGGCACAAGGUCAGGGGUUGCUCUGGGAUACCCUGGGCACUCUGGAGGUGCUGGAGCCUGGCUGGAAAAUGGCUUUUAAAUAAGGAGGGAAUUCCCUUUCCCUCUUUGCUGCAUCCCCAAGGGUUGGAGGCUCUGUGUGCAAACCCCCUGGCACAUUCCCGGGCCUUCAGUUCCCAAAUGGCUGAACCAGGCAAAGCUCUGCCCCUUCCCAAGUGGCUCCCACCCCUCUUCCAUGGCUCCCACCCGUGGGCAGCCCCUCCUCCCUCAGGGCUCCAGGUCCUCCCUGGUGCUGCUCCAGCCAAACCCUUCCUAGGAAUGGAUGGAACCAGCAGCAGGAACAGCUUUAAUUCACACCCAGGGCUGGAGGUGGGACCACACCUCAAUCCUGCUCAGGGGGGUUUGUUUCCCUGUGGAACUCCAGCAGCUUGGAUCAAAGGUGUUCCCAGCACUCCCACCCUAAACCUUCUCAUCCCACGGAGCUGUGGAUGCUGAGAGUCCCUGGGAUGGUGAUUUUCUUUCUUUUUUAAAAGCAAGGCCGUUUCUUAGGCUGUAAAAAGUGUUUCUAAAG